AAUCUGCACAUAUAUUGUGUGCUAAAUUAAGGAAUUAAGAAAAAGAGUUUUGGAUAGAAACCUAAAUUUACAUGUUUCCUUUUUGUUCAUUUUAAAGAUUAUUUAUUCAUUCACUUAAACAUUUAUACAUUAAGUAUCUGAUGUAUUUCUUCUUUGUCAUUUCUACCUAUGGUAGCUUGAAUAAUAAAACAAGCUUAAAUAGUGGAUCAAUCAAUUGUAGAAAUUUUUCCGGUGAAAUUCACAAUAUUUAAACAAGCCAAUUCAAAUUAUCUUUUGUGUUAUCAGUUCCCUACUUAGCAUACAAACGAAAUAAUCAUGUCCAUAAGAACACCUUAUGAACGUUUACGUACAUUUUGCUCACAGUUAGCAAAAUAUAUUCCAGAAAUUCAAUUACAACCACCACAUACAAUUAAAAAUUACGGAAAUUGUCCAUAUUUUUUUAAAUUCCAUCUUGGCACAAAGGACUUAGUUGAAAAGUUCAAUGAUGAUAUAUUACCAUCGUCUAAUAAUAUUUAUAGACUGUCAAAUGUACCAAGAGAAUCGAUUGGCACACAUUCAGAUGAGAUGAAAUUACAAGAUUUUCAGUGGUUAAUGAAUAAAAAGUUAACAUGUGUUUUAUUAUGGCUUGGUAUAAUCAUUUUAAUUGUUGGAGUAAUCGCAUUACAGAUUGCUAGUUUUUUCUUACAUAAACGACAAGAUAUAUUAUCGAUCGGGGUUGGAUGUUUAAGCUCUGGUCUUUGGCUCCUCUCUGUCACAUUAUUCACUUUUCUUCAUGCUCAUGUUUUUAUUUAUGAAAUACCUGAUGAUAAUAUCAAUGAACACCAAGAUGUGGUUACUAGGAGAAAAGAGGAUCAAACAUUUAACACUGAAGAUGAAUUUGAAUAUAGAAUAACAGAAAAAGUGAUAAUGGAUCAUUCAUCUUGAAAAUUAAAAUUGACGAACUAUUCUCUCCUAUUCAUUUUGGUUUGAUUACCGACACACACACACUCGCACAUUCAAAUGAUACAUGCAAUCUUGUAAAUAAUUAUUAUUUGAUUUCAUUUUUUUGCUUAAUAUUAAAAUUAGCAAAAACGCGAUUAUGUACAAGAGUAAACAAAUAACUCCAAAUUACAUUAAGAUUAUUGGCCAC